CAACCAACUCCAUCUAUCUCUUAGUUGUCAUGCUAUUAUCGUCAACUUAGCAUCAAUGACUAGCCCAUCUCCUUCACGACGCCCGUCGUCACCUCCGGAUUCCGCCAUCUCCCGGAAACGUCGGCGGCAGAAAGGUCCCAAAGCCGCAGUGGCGUGCGACGCAUGCCGCGCCCGCCACAUUCGAUGUGACGGCAUCCACCCAGAAUGCGGGCAGUGUCGUAGGACGAGGCGAAGAAAGCCUGAAACCCAGUGUGUUUUUACCGGCGACAGGAAGCUGGCGAUGGACAAUUUCAUCAAGAGUAUCAUCAACAAUGUUGAAACGUUUACAAAUUAUAAGCGCGUAAGUGAGGAUACUAGUCAGUUGAAUGGAACAGGUUCACAGGUCUCUGCUGGUCCUCAGACGCAAUCCCCAAAUACAUCGCAAACACCAAAGUCGAUCGCAGUUGAUCACCCAUCCACAAGUCAACUGGGAAGCCGUCUUACUGGCUCAAUCCCGGAGGCCAGAAAUGACUCUUCGUCGCCAUGCCUCAUACGUGAACAGUCCCCGGAAGCCGCAUCGAUCUGCACUCAUAAGGAUCCGCUCCGCCAGCGAAUGACUUUGGAGUUUCAGCAUCCCGCAAGAGAGCCUAAUGGCGUGAACGCCAUGAUGGGCGAGGUGGAGGAGGAACGCCCGACUCAUGGCUUCUUCGGCAGCUCCAGCGCGGCCGGCUUCAUCCGGCAAAUCAAAACUGCCAUUGACCAGAGAGUACAGUCACCGUACCAUCGAACAACCCAAUCAAACCUCGGAGCUGCAUUGUCAUCGAGCGUCACGUUCUCGAGAAACAAACCACCGUCGUCAUCGGCUAACUAUGUCCUUCCACCUCGCAAAAUGGCAGACAGCCUAAUGGAGGUUUACUGGACGUUUGUCUUCCCGCUGUACCCUCUAGUGGACAGUCUCAAUCUGCGAGCCGAAUACGCACGGCUCUGGACGGGGGAGUCUUCCCACUCGGAUGAGAACCUGCUGAUGUGUACCUUCAAUGUGAUCUUCGCGCUAGCCUGCCAGCUGGCCGACUUUAUUCCACCCGAGGAGCGCGAGGCGUCGGCGGAUGCAUUUUUCUCUCGCGCGAAGGAACUUCUCCAAUUCAAUCUCUGGAACACGGGGUCUGCGGAGCUGAUUCAGUGCUUGUUACUCAUGGCCCAGUACCUGCAGAGUACGGACUCCGCCCACCAGUGCUGGAUUGUCACGGGUCUGGCGAUUCGCAACGCGCAGAGCUUGGGACUACAUCUCCCGCAGACAAGUGCUCGUCUACACAAUCCGCAGGAGAAGCAAUUGGCUCGCAAGAUCUGGCACGGCUGCGUUUUGAUGGACAGAGUGAUCUCAAUGACCUUCGGCCGGCCCUCCAUGAUCUCGAAAGCAUCCUGCGGCUCCGUCCCACUCCCAGCGACAGUGGACGAAGAAUACAUACCCUCUGCCCUAGGCACCGACGCCGCCCAGCCCGCCGACCGACCCUCAGUGAUGGCAUUCUACGCCCAGUCCCUCGAGCUGUACGAGAUCUUGAACGAUAUCCUCCUCAGCAUGUACAACCCCAAUCCCGACGAAAGUCCGGACGACGUGUACUUCAAAGACACAACCGAAGGAAAGCAGACCGUAUUUGAGCUCGACCGUGCACUGACGAACUGGUCCCGGAACUUACCCCCGCAUUUACGAGGCGACGCUUCCCUCGCAUACGGCGAUAAGAUGUUCUAUCAUCAAAGCAUUGUGUUGCAAGCACGAUUCUUGCAUGUACGCAUGCUUCUCUUCCGACCCAUUUUGUCGAAGUACUGCACCGCCCGCGACGUGGGCGCCUCGGACCCGGGCCCUCUCAUCGCUCAGCAAGACUCCUUGACCCAGCGCAUCGCACUGCAGUGCUCGGUUAUCUGCGUCAAGGUUGCGCAGGAGAUUAUCGGGUUGAUCUACCGGCAUAUUCCCGCUGAUGGGACGGCUGGGCCUUUGCCUGCUUGGUGGUACAAUAUUCUCUACAUCUACACAGCCGCCACAACCCUAAUAGCCAGCCACCUCUGCCCGGCCAUCAUCUCCGAAAUUACCUCCGAAGCCAUCACAAACUCCUGGAACCACGCACUAGAGAUCCUCCGAAAUUACCACCGCUACAGCACCUCCGCGCGUCGGUGCGUUGCCGCGUUGGAGAUCCUGUACGAGCGUGUCGUGGCGCAUUCUAGUUCGGGUGCAGAUGACGCAGAGCAGCCGGGUCCAUCGUUUCCAGUCGCGGCGCCGGCGGCGUCGACCGGGUUGGGGGUGGCGCUUGGAGAGACCCUUGGAGGACCCCUCGGGGAGGAGUCGGGGUUGUUUGAGGAGGUGGAUUUUUGGGAUGGGCAGUUGCUGGAUAUGUCGUGGUUGAAUAGUGUGCCUAGUCAUUUGUUCUAGGUUUGGGAGGAGUAGGGUUUGGGAUUGGGUUGGUUUGGCUGGUGCAGCGCUUGAUGCUUGUGCUUGUGCUUGUGCUCGGUGUUUGGUGUUUGUGCUUGGCUUGGGUUAGAGAGCGGCGGAGGUCACUGUGUUUUACACGCUACUUAU